GGAGAGCCAGAGAGGGGCCUCGGGGGUGGGCCGGGGCCUCCUCCGGGCUGUCUGCUGCUUCUGGACUCUGUUCCCUCGUCCGAAACGUCGCUCGACGUUUGUAGUGGGCAUCCGAGCAAGCCAAGUUAAGCGGGUACGGGAGGGACCUCUGUAGACGGUGCCCUGGCUGCAGGUUUUGGCAUGCCUGGUAUCCGGCCUUCUUACUAAAUAGCUGGGCUGUCGAGGAGUUGAUUUUGUUUCUUCCAGGAUAAUGUUGAGGCUUCUAAUGUUAUAAAACCUGGGUGCUCUGCUUGAUGCCUUUGGUGAGGGUAAAGAUGAUAAUAUCUUAGGGUCAUGGGUGGAAAAAAAGCAGGCAUUUUUAGCUGCAGUGUAAAUAUUAAUGUAAUUUUAAGAUAUUGUAUCUUAAAAAAAAGAAAGGGUGAAUAGGCUGUCUUAAGAUUUUGAGAUGGCCUACCUCUGGCCUGAUAAUGACCUUGAGUAUUUCUCAGCAGUAGCUGAGAGACUUAAAAAUAAAUGGGAUAAUAUUUUCUAUCGAUAUCAUAACAUUUCAGUUCUCCACUUCUGUUGUUUAUUUCCAUAACAUAGCAACAGAAGUACAGUUUAAAAACAAAAGAAAAUCAUUGUAUGUUUCACUUGUAUACUUGAAAUUUGUUUUCAUGUAUUUCUUUUUUCCUCAUGAAGUGCAUGUCAUUACAGUUUGAAAUCCGUUAGUGCUUGCUUUUAUGGAACUGGAUGGAAGAGGUUUUCCGAGCUCUGAUUUGAGCAGCGAUGCUUUUCUCAUAGAAGAAAAAAGUAAUUUUUGAAAUCCCAAGCCUUAAAAUGGCCAGGAAGAGACUUACAAGCAACGUGUCAGUAAGCUUGUCAGUUAGUAGUCAGGGGAAUUAAAUGCUAAAAAAAAAUCAGUGCUUUUGCUGCUAAAGCAAAGCUUGGAGAAGAAUGGGCAUCAACAGCUCGAGCUGUUUGUGCUGGAGGGUUUGGUUAGGCAGAGGCCCAUGUGAGUCAGGUAACCUGCCAGGGACUCCAGCAGAACCAUAGUGCGAAGUUUCUACGGAGUGUGCCUGAAAAAGGUUAUUUUUAUGGGUUGUGCAUGCGUGUGUGCGUACGCGUGAAUGUUCUUAUAUGUAUUUGUACGUGGGUGUCUCUUAUCUGAGUCAGCAGCUGAUAGAUUUGCUUUUGGGUUUAUGUUUAGAUAUUAUUCUCAAGAUACUACUUUUUUUUUCUUUCCAGGUUUUGGUUAGUGUUUUAGACUCAUAUUUCUCUGAAGCUGAUGUUUUCCUAACACUUUCAGCUUGGCUUUAAAAGCUGCUUCGCUAGAAUGUUUUAAACGGUUACAAAACCUCUAGGAUUUGAAGUUUAUUUAAAUUAAUUGAAGGAAACACUUCUGGCCUCACCAAAGAAAUAACUGGAAUCAUGGAUCAGAACAACAGUUUGCCACCCUACGCUCAAGGCUUAGCCUCCCCUCAGGGCGCAAUGACUCCAGGAAUUCCAAUUUUCAGCCCGAUGAUGCCGUAUGGCACAGGGCUGACACCGCAGCCUGUCCAGAGCACCAACAGUCUGUCCAUAUUGGAGGAACAGCAGCGGCAGCAGCAGCAGCAGCAGCAGCAGCAGCAAGCAGCACAGCAAUCCACGUCACAGCAAGCAACACAAGGAACAUCUGGUCAAACCCCCCAGCUCUUCCAUUCACAGACUCUUACCACAGCCCCUUUACCAGGAACCACACCUCUGUACCCCUCUCCAAUGACUCCAAUGACUCCAAUAACUCCUGCAACACCGGCAUCGGAGAGCUCUGGCAUAGUGCCACAACUACAGAAUAUUGUGUCCACCGUGAAUCUUGGUUGCAAACUUGACCUAAAAACUAUUGCACUUCGUGCCCGAAAUGCUGAAUAUAAUCCCAAGCGUUUUGCUGCUGUUAUUAUGAGAAUAAGAGAACCACGUACCACUGCACUGAUAUUCAGCUCUGGAAAAAUGGUGUGCACAGGAGCAAAAAGUGAGGAGCAAUCCAGACUGGCAGCAAGGAAGUAUGCAAGAGUUGUUCAGAAACUGGGUUUUCCUGCAAAAUUUUUGGAUUUUAAAAUUCAGAAUAUGGUGGGAAGCUGUGAUGUGAAAUUUCCCAUCAGACUGGAAGGAUUGGUACUCACACACCAGCAGUUCAGCAGCUACGAGCCAGAAUUGUUUCCUGGCUUAAUCUACAGAAUGAUUAAGCCAAGAAUUGUUCUGCUUAUUUUUGUUUCUGGAAAAGUGGUUUUAACUGGUGCUAAAGUACGAGCAGAAAUCUAUGAAGCAUUUGAAAACAUCUAUCCUAUUUUAAAGGGGUUCAGAAAGACAACGUAACAGUUUCUACACCUUUCAGAGAAAUCAGGGGUAUAUUUUCAAAGGUAUUGUGUAUGGCACAGCAGUAACAAGAAACGGACUUCCAGUGCAACUGCAACACCAGGACUUGGACUAUUUCCCAGUUAGUGCCUACUUCCCUGAUGCUCAAGGGGAACUGUAUUCUUGAAUAUGUCUACUGAGUUACUGUGAGUUGCUUUACUGGGCUGUUCCCGGAGCAGCCUCUCCAACUUUUAUUUAUAUUCUAGCUUUUAAAUAGUUUUAAUGCCAGUUCUAUUAAUAGAAAAUCUGUAAGUUGGUUUAAAGACAAAUGCAACUGUGUCACUCAGUGUAUAAACCACUUAAAUUGCCAUGUAUAUAUGUUUUAAGUUCCUUCCAUAAGACCAUGGUUUUUAUAAUUUUCAGAACUUUAGCUUUUAAAUUUUUUCAAUUUAAAAUUUCUUUGGUGCCAGACACAUUCCCUCUUUCCAGUAUUAAGCAAGAUAGAAUAAAUUUAUUAAUUAAAAUGGCUCACUGUACAUAUAUAUAUAAUAUAUACCUUUCUUCUCUUUCCUUCUUCAACUCCACAUGUACAAUAAACCCUGUUUAUACAACUAUGGGAACUGUCUUAAUAAAUUUUAAAAUUACCCAGCUGGUAGAAUGAAAUACAUUGAAUUUUUUUUUUAUUUAAUCAACUUUUUAAUAGCAGAUGCACUGCUAUAAGUGACAUGUUGUUUAGAGAGAAUCUUAGCAGUGCUCUGGCUUGCAUACCAGCAGUCACAUCCUUGGCAAUGUCUACCUUGAAUAUUUCCAGCAUGUUAAAGUGAAAGAGAUGAUUGGUUAAAGAAGCUUGUGUUUGAGUAUGCGUUGCCUUAUGUUCAACAGAUGGGAUUUAGGCAAGUCUUAAAUAGCUGCACUUGACUGAAUUGAAACAAUAGAUCCCUGCUUAGCUUCUAGAAUUUCUUUAAAUUACUACUUUUGUAUUUCACCAGCUGCCUCACUAUAUUAGUGUUCCUGUAAAAUGUCAGAGCCCUUCCAGCUGGAGUCAGUAUGUACAUAACGUUCCUUCUGAACCAUGCUUGAAGCCUGAUGGGCUGAGAACUAAAAAUAAACUUUUUUUUUUCUUCAGUAAA